CUUGAGUAGGGAGGGAACGGCGGGGAGAUGGCUGCGCACUGAGGCAGUUGUGCUGAUGAAGUGGAAGAGCUGGUUUCAGUUCAGUAUAGCCGUGCAUGUGUGUUUAGGAGGCGGGUGCUCCUGGUUUCCUUGCCUGGGAGUUGUGCAAUCCUUUAGAUCGGAGAAAGCGCCCUUCCUCACUGCUGCCCGCCACCGCCUUGUGGCUUUUUUUUUUUUUUUAAAGCUGUGAGCUCAGCCGAUGAGUCAGAGCCAUGCAAUCCUGACACUGCAUCGCGGGACUGGAGGUGAGAGAGAAUCAAAAACAGGGGCUGUAGAUUGCAGCCAAGUACAGUGUAGGACUUUGCUCGUGCACAGAAGGGGAGCUGAGUAGUGGCCACUUCGUGGGAUAUUCUGGAUUGCAAGAGAACUUCCUGCUGCUUUCCUGGGAGCGCUGGAGACCGGGGCUGGAAAACGCGUUUGUGCCGUUUUUGGGAAGUGAAGAAAAACACAGACGGGAAUCGCUCCGUUGCAUAAUCUUGACAACGUCUGUCUCAUAUUAGGACGAGGAUUUCCUCAUCUUUUCCUCCCUACUUGCCCACUCCCCAAGGAGGGGGGGCAGAGAGCGACUUAAUUACUUUAGUGGAAGUCUAAAAUUAGGCCAUAUUCAAGUUUGGAUAAGUGACAAGUUUAAGAUCUGGUGUCUUGGAGUCAUGCAGUCUAGAAAAAGUUGCUAUAUCUUAUUGGAAUGUGAAGAUUCCUAGUUUUUCAAUGUGCUGCAUAACAUUUUUGUCCUGGUGCUGUGAUCAAGUAGGCUCCAGCAUCCUCUGACUUGCAGAGAAGAGCGGAGGGGGGAAAAAAAAGGAAAGAAAGACACACACAGAAGAAAGGGAAGUGGAGGCCCUUCUGUCUAGACUUAUACAAAACUAUCAUUACUGAAACUGGAUGGGAAAGUGAACUUUUUGAUGUCUUUCCUUCCCCUAGCCUCUGAGAUGGAAGGGUUGUAAAUCUGUGUGCGUGCCUGGGGACAGACUGAACCAUGAAUCUACAGGCUCAGCAAAAGACUUCAAACAAGAGGGCUGGGAAACGGAUUACAUUUUUUAAUGAACAGGAUGUAGUUGUGCCAUCAAAAGAACUGCAACAGCAGCUGAAGGAAGGGCAGUACUAUGGACAUGGAGGGGAAAUGCCUGGCUCCCAAAGUAUGGAGCUAUCUAAAGCAGGCGGGCUAAGUGGGGCUCCCAACAACGUUGCCUUGAUGAACUCGGUUGUUUAUACUCAAAACAGGGGGGACUCCAUGAUGAUGUCCCAGCAGCUGGCUACUGUCAAAUGGCAGAACUCAUUGAUGGCGAGCAGGUUGCCUGACAGAGUUGAUACCAGUUGGCAGCCUUCACCUGCGGCAUGGAACCACAGUAUGGUCUAUGGGGGCAAUCAAAAAGGGGUCCACCCUAAUUCCAAUGCCCCAGGUUUCUAUGGACAUCCUGAAAUGCUGAAAAGAAACCAGGAAAAAGAAAUGGAGGUGCCACAGCUAGAACUAUAUGGAGAUGCAGUCCAGCAGAUGAUGGCCCAGAAGGUUCAGCUGGAACAACAAGCACUAAUCAGGCAACAAGCUCAAAUGAAUUCCUACCACCAGAUGCAGAAGCAGCAGCAGCAGAAUCAGACUCUUCCUUUGCAGCCUUUCCAGCUUGCAUUCGGUCACCAAGGCCAGAAGCAAGGCCUUCCUGAAUUGCUACAUGUCUUUCAACAAACCCCAGCUUCUUCAAACCCAGUCUUCACUACCCAGCAGAAACAACAGUCUCUUCCCCAGUUACAACUAUUUGAAAACUUCUAUCCACAACAGCAGCAACAGGCUGCCAUGCAAGCCUUCAGUCUCCAGCAGUCUGCUUCGAUAGCUCAGCCCCAUGUGGCAGCAACAGCACCCCAACAUCAUAUGAUGGCCCACCAGUUCCAGCAACCUGAGAGGAACCAGGAACUUUUUAAAGCCCUGACAGAGCAAAACCAACAGACUGUGCUACCUCAGACCCAGAUACCCUUUCCAAGGAGAUCAAGGAGACUCUCCAAGGAAGGUAUUUUGCCAUCCUCUUCUUCAGGAGAAAUAAUGGGUUCUAAACCAGUAGAGGAACAAUCUAGCAAUCUGUUCCUCCAUCCCUGGCAACCACAGCAGCAAGGACUCCAGUUUCAGAACGAGACUGAAACUCUGGGCCACAACAAAGGUAGCUAUCUAGAGCCCAAGAGGACACACCUGGGUCAGAAGGAGAUCCUGAGUAAUAAUGAGUUGACGCAGCCUGAAACAGAGAGGCUGGCCACAUCUUAUAAUGGUAGAGAUGGUGAGAAGCAAGUGGCAAUGACUGAAGAAGGCACUCAGAGAACUCAUGAUUUUGUGGGGGUGAGAGGUGGUGUGAUCCAGAGCACCCGAAGAAAACGGUGUGUUUCUCAAGAGGCCAACCUGCUGACCCUGGCACAAAAGGCUGUUGAGCUGGCUUCUCUUCAAAAUGACAAGGAAUUGGAUACUUCAGAAGAGAAGAAGACUGCAGUGGCUGCAGCACCUACAGCAGCCAAAAGUGUUUUGGAAUUUGCCAGUUCUCCACCCUGCUCCAAGAGACCCCGGGAAGAUAGCAGUCUUGUGCCUCUAAUCAUCCCUGUGUCUGUGCCAGUGAGGAAAUUCGACUUGCAAGCUAUUGCGAAGGAAAAGGGUGAGGAAGGGAAACUCCAGAGGGUGCUGGCAAAUGAUCGAAGUCUUUCUGAACGCAAGCCCUCUGUGAUAGUCACCCGAAGACGGUCCAGUCGUAGCUCCAACAUGGAAACCUCAAUCCAGCAUGAAAAUGCUGUUCCAAAGGAGGAAUCGGAGAGCUUUGCCCGGAAACCAAAGCAGCGCCCAAGACCUGAGCCACUCUUUAUACCACCAAAAGCAGGCACCUUCAUUGCUCCUCCAGUCUACUCUAACAUCACUCCAUAUCAGAGCCACUUACGCUCACCUGUGCGCCUUGCAGAUCACCCUUCAGAUAGGAACUUUGAACUACCUCCUUAUACACCUCCACCAAUUCUCAGCCCAGUGAGAGAAGGGUCUGGGCUGUAUUUCAAUGCUAUCCUCUCUGCUAGUGGUCACUCAAUUCCACCGCCAGUGACCCCUAAAAGUACUCACAGAACUCUGCUCAGAUCUAAUAGUUCAGAAGUCACCCCUCCCGUCCUUUCGGUAAUGGGAGAGGCCACCCCAGUCAGCAUUGAACCACGAAUCAAUGUAGGAUCACGGUUUCAAGCAGAAAUACCUGUGCUCCAAGACAGAUCUUUGGCAUCAGCUGACAAGCAUAAAGCAGACCUGGUGUGGCAGCCAUGGGGGGACUUGGAAAUCAACAAAACUACCCAAGAGAAUGUGGAAAAUCUGUUAACUGCCGCCUGUUCAAGUAUUUUUCCUGGGGCUGGAACCAAUCAGGAGCUGGCGCUACAUGUCUUGCACGAAGCAAAGGGAAACAUUCUGGCUACGUUGACCAAACUGCUGCUGAAGAGACCAAUGCAUUCGCAAAACCACCCCCUGGCAGACUAUCACUACACAGGAUCGGACAGGUGGAAAGUUGAUGAGAAGAAACUUUUCAACAAAGGCAUUGCAAUCUACAAAAAAGACUUUUUCCUGGUCCAGAAACUUAUAAAAACCAAGACAGUGGCCCAGUGUGUGGAGUUUUACUACACAUACAAGAAACAAGUGAAAAUUGGUCGGAAUGGGACACUAAUCUUUGGGGACAUUGAUGCCACUAAUGAGAAGUCCCUGAAAGAUGAAGCUGAAGUUGAUAUCAAGAGUUCCCAUAGGUUUGCACAUAUUCUUCCUCUCAGAAAGGAGAAUUACAGUGAGGAACAUACUCGUGUGGAGGAGGAGCCUGAGAAGGAGGAAGAGGUGGAGGACCAGAAGAGCACAGUAUUUCCCAAAGCCGCACAUACACUACAAACCAAUGAUGUGGUCAAUGAGGGCCUUAUUUCAAGAAGCCAGGAGUCUAAUGCCCCAGGAGAAGCCAGUAGUAGGACUGUAAGGAAGCCUAAGGAAGUAGCAGUGAAGUCUCAAAAGCCUCCUCCCUCAGUACAGAGGAGAAGACGGAAACCGAAACCUAAAUUGGACACUGCCAAUAAAGCUCAGAACCAGGAGAACACAUUUCCAUGUAAAAAAUGUGGCAGGGUCUUCUACAAGGUGAAGAGCCGGAGCGCUCACAUGAAGAGCCAUGCAGAACAGGAGAAGAAGGCAGCAGCAUUGAAGCAACAAGAGAAAGAGGCGGCGGUGGCGGCAGCAGCAGCAGCGGCGGCAGCAGUGAAGCAAGAGGAGAGUAGUGACAUGGGGAGCAGCAGCAGUGACAGCAGUGGCAGCUCGGAUGAGGAUGGGGAGAUUUAACCAUAGCCCAGGGAAAGUCGAGGGAGUAGCAAGGCUGGACCCCACCUCUCUCUCGGUGUGUUUGCCUCCUUUCCUGCACUUUCUUUAACUGGACUGAGUUAUACUAGGCCACAGUUCCACUGCUGCCCUUUCUUCAUCCCACAUUCAGCACCUCGCCCUGCCUGUAUAGACUGAGCCAAAUCAGUGGAUAAAGAGAUUUGUGUGAACUUGGAUAUUCUUUUUUACAAAUAAGAUUUCUAUUUUAUUUAUAAAGGCACCUGAGGUACAUAACUGAACAAGGUCAUCGGGGUGGAACUCAGUUCUCUUGCAGGUUAGUCAGGGCUUUCUCCUUGUGCUUGCCAAGAAUCACAGUAACAAGACUCUUGAGUAUAAAGGCUUCCAGGCCUGUGCAAGAAAAGAUGCUCUGCCCUGAGACUAUGUGCAUCUAGUUACUGUGAAACCGGUGUUUUGUAACAAUUGCCUUCCAUAGCAAAUUGUCUGUCACUGCCCUUCCUGCUUUCCUCUGGAGGGUUAUCCAAUAGAUUCUGUGGAAAUAGGAGAUGUACCCUGGGUCAUUGUAUGACAGAAGUGAGGGUGUUUGUGUGUGAAGAACCACUCACCCCACCCCUUUCCUCUCAGAGGUGAUGUCUCUUUCUGUAGCAAGGGGAUGCCUGAUCAUUCCUGUGCCAGUAGGAGUUCAGUAGUGGACAUACAGCAUUCUGUGGGAUAAGAGUAGCCACAAACCUUAAAGAUCUGGCCACAUCAUGUACAGGAGGAAAAGUAGUUAUUUGGGUCAUUUUUAGAACUUGUCCCCUCACAAGUGCAAUUUGAAAAAUCUCUAAUGAUCAUUUGUGUCUUGAACUCACUACAAAAGGGAGAAAAGUUCUUAAUGAGACUUGAACCAAGACAUCGUUUUUGCAUUGAGCAUGCCUCACAGUGGAGGGAAAGGUGGACAUGGGUCUCUUCAUCAGGCUUCUUUACUUCCUUCCCCAAAGAACCAUUAUGCAGUGGGAAACCCUUACCAUCCCUUUAAAUGAUCUACAAAGAAAUAGCUAUCCACAAGUUAAGUACAAGAAGCUAAGUGUCCUUCCAUCUAUUCCUUUGCAAAUGUGAUUGGACAGCACUGAAUGCUGGGCUAUCCCAUCAGGCCCCCUUUCAGUAAAAUGUAGACUCUUCACACAGAGCUGGCAUUGAAGUGGCCCCGUUAGCCAGAAGUCUAGACAGCUAGGCCUGAUAUUAAGACACAGUUCUAAGUCAAAAAUAGAUCAGCUGAAUGCUAAAAUUGCACAUGGUCUGUCAGUACAUAUAUACACAGUGUUCACGUACUUUUAUUUCAUAAAACUGUUAAGAAUCCAGUGUAGUGGUUGUGUCAGUCUCAGGACGUUAGACACACAAGGUGAGUGAAGUUCUAUCUUUUAUUGGACCAACUUCAUUUGGUGAAAGAGAGCAGCUUUCAAGCCACACAGCUCUUCUUGUGGAGAGCUCCGUUGGGUCAGAAGAUUCAUUCACCAACAGAAGCUGGUCCAAUUAAAGGCAGCAUCUCACCCAUCUUGUCCCUGUAACAAAUCCAGGGCUACGUCUACACUGGCAUGAUUUUCCGAAAA